CUUCUUCAACCGCUAAACAGUAUAUCAUUUGAUUAUCGAUAAUCGAUCACUCUUUCAGCCAUGGACCUGUCGAUUAUCCGUCUUUCAUCGUUCAUCAUUCUCCUGCUCUCAUUCACGUUCCCAAUAUCGGACUGCAAUCAGUUUUGCGAAGCUGAGAUUGAGUAUGGUGAUUCAGACUGCAAAGCCUCGCCGUUGCAUCAUCGAUCAUCAAAGAUCUUGAUUAAGGGAGGAACCGUGGUCAAUGCUCACCAUCAAGAGAUUGCUGAUGUUUAUGUGGAGGAUGGUCUUAUUGCAGCUGUCAGACCUAAUAUUAAGGUCGGGGAUGAUGUCACUGUUCUUGAUGCCACUGGAAAGUUUGUGAUGCCAGGAGGAAUUGAUCCUCACACUCACCUUGCCAUGGACUUCAUGGGUACUCAGACCAUAGAUGACUUCUUUAGCGGUCAGGCUGCUGCACUAGCUGGUGGAACGACAAUGCACAUUGAUUUCGUUCUACCAUCAAACGGCAGUUUAUUAGCUGGAUUUCAGUCUUAUGUGGAGAAAUCCAGAAAAGCUUGCAUGGAUUAUGGUUUCCAUAUGGCAAUCACAAAAUGGGAUGAAACUGUAUCAAGAGAGAUGGAAAUCCUAGUUAAGAAGAAAGGUAUAAACUCUUUUAAGUUUUUCAUGGCGUAUAAGGGGUCUCUUAUGAUCAACGACGAGCUCCUGCUAGAAGCAUUCAAAAGAUGCAAGGCUCUUGGGGCAUUGGCUAUGGUGCAUGCUGAAAACGGUGAUGCUGUUUUUGAAGGACAGAAAAGAAUGAUUGAGCUCGGUAUUACUGGUCCGGAAGGACACCCUCUUUCAAGGCCUUCACUGUUGGAGGGAGAGGCAACUGGUCGAGCAAUUCGUUUAGCUGCUUUCAUAAAUACUCCUCUAUAUGUUGUUCAUGUCAUGAGUAUCGAUGCCAUGGAAGAAAUCACCAAAGCUCGAAAAAAAGGGCUGAGGGUUAUUGGGGAGCCAGUAGUCUCAGGCUUAGUCCUUGAUGAUUCUGUUCUGUGGGAUCCUGAUUUUACUACUGCAGCAAAGUUUGUCAUGAGUCCUCCUAUUAGAGGGUUAGGACAUGGAAAGUCUCUACAAAAUGCACUUUCAAGAGGAAUUUUACAGCUUGUAGGAACAGAUCACUGUACCUUCAAUUCAACACAGAAAGCUUUUGGAAUUGAUGAUUUUCGUAAAAUUCCAAAUGGCGUAAAUGGUAAUAACAAAUUACCAUGGAAGCUAUUAUUAUUAUUAACAAAUUUAUUGCAUUUUCUAAUUAUAGGUAUUGAAGAGCGGAUGCAUAUAGUUUGGGACACAAUGGUGGAAACAGGCCAGAUGUCUGUUCCUGAUUUUGUCCGUGUGACAAGUACUGAGUGUGCUAGGAUCUUCAAUAUAUACCCAAGGAAAGGAGCCAUUCUAGUUGGAUCAGAUGCCGAUAUAAUCAUACUCAACCCAAAUUCAACCUUUGAAAUAACUUCCAAGUCUCACCAUUCUCGAUCCGACACAAAUGUAUACGAGGGUAGAAGAGGAAAGGGAAAGGUUGAAGUUACGAUUGCAAGAGGAAGGAUCGUUUGGGCCAAUGAUCAACUAACAGUUGAUCCUGGCACGGGGAAUUACAUAGAAAUGCCACCUUAUAGCAGUUAUCUUUUCAAUGGAAUUGACAAAGCAGAUGCCUUGUAUUUGUCUUCCCUCCGAAGACAAUUCAAGGCCUAGGUUUGUACAUACUUGUUACUUUUUUCUGGUAUUUUCUCUUGUAGAAAUACAUUUAUGGGAUAAGAACUUUAUAGUGUGAUUGUAUUUAUGAAAAAUAAUGUCAAGGACUUAUACAACAAGUAAGGCAAGAUCGCUUCUUCUUUUUCC